AUGGCGAACGGAUGGAGUCUCAUCGUCGGCCUCAUCUUCGUGGUGGUCUUGUCCGUCUUGGCGUGGAUCUUUAGUCCUAAGGGGGAUAAUCAGACUGUCUUCCGGAGUACCCUGAUCCUGUCCUUCGCGUGUUGUUAUUUGAUGUGGGCGAUCACGUUCCUGGCGCAGUGGCAUCCGCUUAUCGUGCCCAAGCGGUCGGAUAUUCGGCCGGAGCGGGUACCGCAGUGAUUUAUUCUGUUGAUUUCUUUUUCAUCGAUGGAUAGAGAGAUGCUUGGGUUUGGAGGGGAGGUGGUUGUCGUUGCUGGUAUAGGAUGUGAGGAAAGGAUGGACAGGUGGUUUGAAUUAUGCAUGGGAUGAGUAGUUGGUGGACGGUUGGUUGGUUGGGGUGGACGGGUUAUACCAUGAUGGGAUGUGGACUUGUAUGUAUAGCUACGUUUUUUUUUUCUUUUUCUGGUUUGCGUAAUACCAUUACUACCUAUAACUGCCACCUCCAGGUUGGGGUUGGGGU